AUGGGCGAAUACAUAGAGCCAAGCGCGACAGCUUGGGGCAAUGCAGAGCUGAAAAACCCAAGCGAUGACGGGUGGUCCGACUCUGUGGCCCUACCCCAGCUCGCAGGCGCAAGCUGCAAACAAGUUCUGGUGCUAUCUUGGGUGUUGCUUCUCUCUCGUGGCACAGUGAGCAGCGAGGAUGGGGGUUUCUCCUGGAGUGGAGGAUCUGAGAUCCAUGGAGGCCUUCUCACAGACGUGAUUGAAAACCAGAGCAACCUCCUGAGAGACGUUCUAGAGAGGCUGAGAGCCUUGGGCCGAAUCGACGAAGAGAUGCCAGAUACACUAUUGUUUAAAAAUGGCAGCCCUGGAUCGGAAUAUACAUUUUCGCUUGAAGCAAACGUUUCGCAGGGUCUUGCAUACAUUCGCGGAACCCCACAUUCGCAAACAGCGACACAACCUGUCGAAGCCGUUCUAACUCAAAUCCUCGCCGACAUAAGUACUUCCAUUGCCAAUGGCCUUAAUCAAACGGUUUUCCAGGCUACUGGUAUCGGAAGACUGGAGCUGUCUCAUAUAUGGAGAUGGAAUGGGCUUAUGUCCCCAACCCUCAAUUACUGUAUUCAGGACAUGAUCAGUGCAAAAGCUCAAUCUCAAUUGGAGCGUCUCGCAGUUGUUUCCUGGGAUGGAGAGAUGAGCUACGCGCAGCUGGAGAACAUGUCAACAAAUCUCGCUAGACACUUGGUAAACUUGGGAUUGAAAGUGGGAACGGCUGUGCCUCUCUGCUUUGAAAAGUCCAUGUGGACGAUUGUGGGUGUUUUGGCAGUGAUGAAAGCCGGCGGCGCAUUGGUUCUCAUGGAUCCAAGCCAGCCCGAGGGGCGGCUGACAACCAUUGCCAAUGAGGUUGAUGCGGAUUUGAUUUUGACCUCUGAGCUGCAAGCCAGCCUCGGCCAACGCAUUGUCCCCGAAGGAAAGCAGGUUGUCGUUGGGCCCCUGGUUUCUCGCGACGACUUCCAAUCAUCACAUGUUGCAUUGCCUGCUGUGCCAGCCUCGUCACCCCUUUAUAUUCAAUUCACUUCCGGUAGUACUGGAAAGCCUAAAGGUGUUGUAAUCUCCCACUCCAAUUAUACCAGUGGUGCGGUACCACGAGCUGCGGCCGUGGGGUACGAAGCCCAUUCGCGAGUCCUUGACUUUCCUUCGUAUGCGUUUGACGUCAGCGUCGACUGCAUGCUGUGCACUCUAGUCAAUGGAGGUUGCAUUUGUGUCCCUUCGGAGGACCAGCGAGUCAAUGAUCUGAGUGGAGCCAUUCGUGGUAUGCGCGUCAACAUGGCCCAUAUGACUCCAUCAGUCGCACGCAUUCUGGCCCCGGAUAUCAUGCCUUCUUUGGAGGUCAUUGGCCUUGGGGGUGAAGCAAUCACUGCUAGUGAUACGGUCGAAUGGGGCAAAAAAACCAAAAUUGUCAUUGCCUACGGUCCCUCUGAGUGCACGGUUGGCUGCACGAUUAACAAUAGUAUCCCCGCUGGCAGGUCAUACACCAGCAUCGGACGAGGAGUUGGAGGGACAACUUGGAUAGUGGAUCCAGAAAAUCACGAUCGAUUGAUGCCCAUCGGGGCGGUGGGGGAGCUGCUCGUCGAGGGGCCCGUAGUUGGCGAUGGGUACCUCAACAACCCAGAGAAAACAGCAGAGGUUUUUGUCGAAGACCCCGAGUGGCUGGUUGAAGGCGGGGGAAAUAUCCCAGGUCGUAGAGGCCGUUUGUACAAAACUGGUGACCUGGUACGGUAUGACCCUGACGCGUCAGGAAACAUUGUUUUCAUCGGUCGCGCCGAUCAGCAAGUGAAGCUGCGAGGUCAGCGUGUGGAACUUGGAGAAAUUGAGUACCACGUUCGCAAUUAUCUCCCCUCCGGGGUUAGUGCGGCGGCAGAAGUGAUUUUACCUGGAGGAAAAAAAGGCGAUGCCACGUUGGUGGUCUUUGUUGCGGAGGAGAAAAGCGAAAACACCGGAAAAACCAGCCAAAUCACAUCAUUCUCGAAUCCGUUCCAAAGGCUCAUUGGGGGUAUCAAUGAUGCCCUUGCGAGCGAUCUCCCUCGGUAUAUGAUUCCCACCGCUUACAUCCCACUUGACCAGAUGCCGCUCUUGGUGUCAUUGAAAACAGACCGAAAGCAGCUGCGUGCUCUUGGAAACGAGUUGAACAGGCGUCAGCUCGCCGAGUUGAAGUCCUCCACUGUAGCAAAGAUCCCUCCACGCACAGAAAUGGAGCGCAAACUUCACAGUCUCUGGCUGAAGCUGUUUGGAGAUGAAGUGGAGAUUGGAGUGAAUGACCAUUUCUUCAGUCUUGGAGGUGACUCGCUGAAAGCCAUGAAACUUGUAUCUACUGCGCGAGAGCAGCUUCUUGCUGUUCAAGUCACGGAUAUCUUCCAGUCCCCUGUUUUGGAGCAUCUGGCUUUGAAAUUAAAAGAGGCGGAUGGCAAAGCGCCACUCGAUAUUCCUCCAUUCCAGUUGCUUCCGAGUGAUUGGAAAGCAGAGGCGGCCCGAGUCGACGUAUCUUCUUUGACCAACCUGGAUCCCUCCGUGGUGGAAGAUGUAUAUCCCUGCACUCCUCUUCAAGAAGCACUCAUGGCGCUUUCGGCUAAGUACAUGGACGCAUAUGUCGCGCAGAGAGUCAUUGAGCUGCCCGAUGCUCGAUCUGCCAAUAGACUGCGAUCUGCAUUUGAAUAUGUCUCGUCACAAUCUGCCAUCCUCCGCACGAGGAUUGUCCAAGUUCCACGACGAGGCCUGGUGCAGGUUGUUGUGCGCACAAACACUCCCUGGUUUGAGGGUACCAACCUGGAAAAAUAUCUCAGCAGCGACACACUGAGGGGAAUGUCACUGGGGACUGAUCUUGCUCGCUUUGCCAUCGUGAAUGAUGAAACAACUGGCAAAAGUCACAUCGUCCUCAGUAUCCACCAUGCACUGUAUGAUGGCUGGUCUAUGCCACUGAUAGUUGAACGCGUAAAUCGCGCCUAUCGUGGUGAGAGUAUCGGGAACCCGGCACCAUUCAAAAAUUUUAUCAAAUGGCUAGGUGACACCGAUCGAUUCUCCUCCGAGAAGUACUGGGCGGAUCAAUUGCAGGGUGCUACGGCAUUGCAGUUUCCGGUUCUUCCAUGGUCUGGAUAUCAAGCUAGAGCCGAUUCUCUUCUGGAAUAUUAUGUCCAGUUGCCAUCUACUUCAACCAACUCGACAAUAAGUAUUGCAACUGCUAUUCGCGGGGCUUGGGCGCUUGUGGCCGCCCAAUACACUUCCUCCGAAGACAUCGUGUUUGGAGAGACUAUGACUGGUCGCACAGCCCCCGUAGCAGCAGUAGAAGAAAUCGAAGGCCCAAUGAUUACCACUGUUCCAGUUCGCGUGCAUAUCGAUGGCAAAACUCGGGCAUCAAACUAUCUCCAGCAGAUUCACAACCAAACAGUACAUCGCAUUCCUCAUGAGCACAUGGGUCUGCAGCAUAUUAGACGCGUGACCGCGGAUGCAAGACAGGCUUGCGAGUUGCGUACGGGUAUUGUGAUCCAUCCAACAAUUGAGGAAAAUAUCGUUUGCGCAGAAGAUCAGCCAGCUACGGCGUUCGUUCCAACCAGUGAAGCAGAGGCUGCUCGCGAGGCUCUGAAAUUCAACUCUUACUCUCUUAUGCUUGUCUUCACUGUUGAUGCAAAGGGAUUCCUUAUCAUGGCCAGCUUUGAUUCGAAAACGGUUGAGGUGCCGCACAUGGAGCAAGUGCUCUUGCAAUUUGAUCGAGUAGUGCAAAAGAUUCUCGAGGAUCCAAGCCAACGUAUCCAGCAAAUAUAUGACUUCACAGCUGAGAAGGAAGUCACGGAACAAGUCUGUCUCUCGAGUAUCGGGCCAGCAAGCCUGCCAUCAGAGAAAAUGUACUCUGCUAUCACAUCAACUUGGAUCGUGCAUCCUCACAACAACGAGCAUCUCGUACCCAUCGGUGGAGUGGGUGAACUACUUAUCGAGCGUGAAGGCGAAGUGCCUUCAGAUUAUGUCAUUGUCAAUCCAUCCUGGUUUACACGCCCAGGAAAGCUUUUCGCGACCAGCCAAUUGGCGAGAUACACAAGCAAAGGUUCAAUUAUUAUUCUCCGUGCAAAAAGUACCCAGGUCAGCCAGAAUCCGGUUAAAACCAAGAAGCAAACUGCCAGCGCAAUCACGACCGUCGCUCAGCAAAAGCUACAACGACUCUGGGGGCAGAUAUUGGAUAUUCCUUCUCAGGAGAUUAUUUUGGAUGACAAUUUCUUCGACCUUGGAGGUGACUCAAUUCGCGCGAUGAAGUUGGUCUCGGAGGCUCGGGCCGACGGUCUUCAACUGACUGUGACGACAAUUUUCGAUCACAGGUUGCUGGUGGACAUGGCUGAACAUGCAGUGGAGGCUAAGGCUCCCGUGACUGCGUCGCAGAGUUACUUGCCAUUUAGCUCACUUGAUGUGGCAGACAUAAAUUCAUUGAUCUCAAAUCUCCAACCACUGCUUGGACAACCAGAAUGGAAGAUUAUCGACGCCUAUCCCAGCCGCCCGCUCCAAGAAAUUGCAGUUCAGGGUACUGUUCAACUUCCUCGCUUCUCCACUAGGUACGAACUUUUCUACAUGGAUACCAUUGUCGAUCGAAGUAAACUGUUCCAAAGUUGCCAAGAACUUGUCUCCCACAACGAAAUACUUCGCACUGUUUUCGUGGAGUACGAGGGUGUCUCAAUAGGAGUGGUUGUCGAAGAUCUUCCCUGCGAGAUUAUUGAAUACGAGAUAGAACGGGAUGUAGAAGAAUUCAGCCGGAAGGUCUGCGAGUUGGACGUGCAGUCACGCAUUUCCCUCGGAUCGCAGUUCUUUAAAUUCUUCUUCGUUCAGCACCUUGACGGGCCCAGUAGCCUGAUCAUGCGUAUCUCUCACGCUCAAUACGACGAGAUCUGUCUUCCCAUUUUGCUGCAGCAACUCUCGGCCUUGUACGAGGGACGAUCGGUGCCAAAGAGCUUGCCAUUUUCAUCUUAUGUCAAUCAUGUCACUCGUACCAAUUUGCCGGCCAGUAUUCCAUACUGGACAGAACUACUUCGAGGGUCGUCCAUGACACGGAUACAGCCUGAUAUUCCCGUGUUUUCCGGUGCUCAUUAUGCUAUAACCAAGGAAGUCAACAUAUCUGCACGACCACGUGAGAUCACAGUCGCAACGCUCCCUACAGCAGCUUGGGCGUUGUGCCUCGCGCGACGUCUAUCCCUUGAUGACGUCACAUUUGGUGAGGUGGUGAGUGGUCGAAACAUCGACCUACCCAACGGCGAUGCGAUUGUUGGACCAUCAUGGCAGUAUGUGCCGGUUCGGGUCAAGUUCAAAAAAGGAUGGACGGCUUUGGAUCUGCUAGAAUUCGUCCAGCGGCAGCAUCUCGAAAGUGCGCAAUUUGAGGGAAUUGGCCUCAAGGAGGUUGUCAAGCAUUGUACCGACUGGCCAGAGUCUGUUGACUGGUUUGACUCAGUCGUGCAUCAAGAUGUCGAGCAUGUAGAAGAUUUGUCCUUCAUGGCGGCUAGUAGUCGCAUGCAAACCAUUUACCCGCAUUUCGAGCCCUUGCGGGAAGUCAAGGUGCAGGCAUUCCCGAAGGGGGACAUGCUAUGCAUUGAGAUCGUCACUGUCGAGUCAUGGUCAGACUUUGGCCAGUCCAUACUCGAUGAAAUUGCCCAGAUCAUUGAAGAACUGGUGAAUUGCGUUGAUUCGGAGGUGCUUUGA